AUGGUGAGCUUCGCUCCGCCAGAAUUACGCCGCCAAUGGUGUUGUCUUCAAGUUGCACAGAAGAUUCGGGACCAGCUGAGGCAGGAGAAGGAGCAAGCCGCGGCAGAGCUUCAGAAGGCGCGCCAAAGUGAGGAGGAGCUGGCAGCCACGCUGAGGCAGGAGAGCGAGGAGGAGAACCAGAGUGCGCUGAUGAGGGCCAUCUGGCAACUCCAGGUGGCGGACGACUGCGUGGUGUCUUUGCAGGGCCGCUUGCAGGAGGAGUCUGAGACCUACAGCGCCUUCCACUGCGAGCUGUUAAGUUGUCGCCAAGAACUGACGGAGGAAGCCACUAGCUCACGACGGCUUGCGGCAGCGCUGUCGGCAAGCGAGCAGGAGCAAGAGCUUCUGGAGAAGAAGGUUAACACCCUCGAGUCCUCGCUGAGGGGCGACGAGAGCCGAUGCGUGGGCCUUUUACGGAGAGCAGCCAUGGGCAAUGCGACAUCGGAGCCCGACGGUUCCACUGAGAGUCUGAGCAUUCAGUCCGGGCUUUCGGGAGAUGUGAUUGCCACCAUCCUGGUCCAGGAUUUUGAGGACGUCAAGACACUGAAACGCCAUCUGCAAGGUCUUUGUGGAGUUCCGCGGUUCCAACAGAAGCUGCUGCACAAUGGGAUAGAGUUGGAUGACGAUGCUUCCCUCGACGACUUAGGCGAGGUCCAGCUGAUCCUGAUGUGUGCUUAUUCUGAUGCUUGUACUGAGGGAGAGAUGGCCUUAGCAAUAGGCCAAGGCAAUGUGGCGGCAGUUGAAAAGAUGCUGGCCCGGCCACAAGAGCCAAACCCCGCCUGGCAGUUUCCGCCUCUUGUGCAAGCGUGCGCAUUCAAGAAGCCGGAGAUGGUCCGCCUUCUUCUGGAGGCCAGGGCCGAUCCUCAUCACCCAAUCGGUGAUGGCAGGUGUUUUAAUGCGUUGCAUGUGGCGUCCGUUGCUGGAGACCUCGAGGUCACAAGCAUACUGCUGCGUGCCCGGGCUGAUCCACAUCGCUGUGACGACUUGGGUUACACACCACUGAGCAUGCUGCGUCGGAUAGCAAGGGACUCGCCGCACCAGCGGAUAGACAUGCGAGAACUGCUGAAAGAAGCCAUGAAGCAGACCCCACGAUGCGUGGCCGGCUCGGACAUGCCGGAGACCUCUCGCGAGCGUCAGCAGGCCCUGGCGCUGAUCCAGCGGCUGCGAGCGCGUCAGGUCGGGAGCCUCGCGAGUCUCGAGGAUCCCCUCUGGAAGGAAGAGAAAGCCAGGAAGGAGGAGGAGGAGGAGGCGAAUGACUCCGACACCUCCACAGAAGUGGCCAGCAGCACAGGCUCGCCAAAGGCUCCCGAGACCGCUGUCAGCGAGCCCCGCUCAAGUCCUGCGCGCUCCCCUUCGCAGCAAUCCCGGCGCUCCCGCCGCUCGCCCUCCCGGCGCUCGCCCUCUCGACGCUCUCGUUCACGGCGGUUCUCCUCUCGGCAAGGACCCGGAAUUUCAAAUCGCCAUACCAUCAAUUGCUGGCACGGGCGUGCUUGCACACGCUUCACCUGUUGGUUCAAGCACCCAGAAGGUCGUGAGAUCGACGAGAAGCCUGGCAGCGGUGGUAGUAAGGGCACUGGCAGAAGCGGCAAAAGUGGAAAGGCCAGUGGCAGGGGCGGCAAGAGCUUUCCUUGCACUUUCCGGCGCCGAAGCAAGACUCCUUGCCGACGGGGCCGGUCCCCACGGAGCUCCAGGCGAAGUCCAUCGCACAAUCCUCGCUUCGUCAGCCGCUCUCCUUCUCAGAAGAAGCCGGCGCCAAAGCGCCGGCUCGCCCGGGCGCCUUCGGCCCCGUCGGUGCCAGCACCGGCAGAGACCCAGGCAAAAGCACCCGCAAAGGAUGCAGGGCUGAAGGCAAAGGAGGCGAAGGCGGCAGAGCCCAGUUUCCGGGACUUUGUGUUGAAGCACGUGUCCAACGAGGACUCUCCAGAUUUUGUCAUGAACAGGUUUCAGCAGUACAUUCAGGAAAGGCUGAAGGAAGAGCUGCAGGCAAUCAAGCAGAUGGGGCUCUUCUUCGACCUUUAUCAUCCUCUCUCUCGGCUCCGGCACCAUGAACUACGUCUUGGCACGACGCAGCUGAAUGCCGCAACAUUUGCUCAGGACCUGCGAGAGGGAAGGUACCGCGAGCUGUCCCUACGAACAGGCAAGGCGCGACGUGGAGCCACCUGCCCGGUAGCCGGGCAUCUGCAAGCGCCCGAGUUUGCCUUCGACCCGGAUGUGGGUUCCUUGGUGAUUCGUAGCCUCCCACCGGCAGUGAGUGUAUGGGAUGUCUUGGAUGUGAUUCAGGAUCGCCCGGGGUUUUGCACUGCUGCCUGGACGAGUUUCGAAGGAAAGGACCUGGCCCGGGACUUCUUUGCCAGGUUCACUUCAGCAGACGAUGCCACCGCGGCCGCCGGCGUGCUCAUGAGAAGCGCGGAGACCCUGCUCAGCAGACCAGGAAGCGAAGGGACGGGCCGUGCAUCCGUUCUGAGCCCGAAGCCUGACUUGGCUGCGCUGGUGCUGCCGCAGGAGAUGUCACUUCCGGAGCGGCUUCUCAAGGACUUGGCUCUCUCCGAGCAGGUAAUGCAGCGCCUGGACGGCCUCACAGAGGUGCCCAAAGAGAUCACGGCCCUGGUGCUGAAUGCCUAUGGCACCACCGAAUUCAAGCUGGACCUUCGCAUCACCUACCUGCGUCGCGUGCACCACUUCUGCUUCUACGCCGCGCGCUGGUGUGAUGACGAGUGGUCAAUGCGCGAUGCCUGCGGCAUCGCCCCUUUGCGUGCGCCGGCGCAGCCGGAGUGCACGCCCGGCGAGUGGUCCGCAGCUCACGAGCAGCGACUGGAGAGCUUCCUGGGCAGCGUGUCCUUCGACAAACCUGCAGCUGCCCCGGACUACUCCAAUGCCCACGUCCUGCAACGUCUGGCCGAGGAAAGGGAGAAGGCGAUUCUGAAGAUCACGGAUGAGAAGUUCAAGUGCAAGUUGUGCAGCAAGCUCUUCCGUGGAGCGGACUUCCUUCGACAGCACGUGGGGCGCAUGCACAUGUCGCUGGCAGAGGCUGCACGUGAGGAGCUACUCCAGGACAUGGCCUCCCAGGCCUGGAUGGCUCAUGCUGGGCGACCGAGGGGCCAUCUUCUUCCGAAAGCCCUGGAGAAGGCGGAUUGA